UAUGCCAUCCCAUGGAGGCUCGGUUAGCCAGCAUUUCAAAAUGGCUGCUGGAAAGUUACCUUCAAAUGCGCUUUCUUUAAAACAGUUCUUUCUUAGAAAGCAAGUUCUGAGUCUCUAUCGUGAAAUCUUUAAGACGUUACGUGAGGUGGAAAAUGAAGAUCACAGGAAAGAACUUGCUGAUUGGGCAAGAUCAGAGUUCAAGAAAAACAAACACGAAAAGGAAGAGAUUGUCAUCAAAAUGAUGUUAUCACGUGGUCGCCUCACAUUAAAAGAAAUGUCAUCAGCAAUUUACUUGGCUAAAUAAGGUUUAGAGAGGUA